ACGGUCACGAGAGGCGUGUCCCACCCGAAGUGUUUCAGCAGCACCUGCCAUUUCCGGAACGCAUUCUGUCGCUGAAGCAGCCGUGCUUGAGCCACACGAACGUAACCUUCUCUCUUCCUGCCAUCUUCCUCCCUUCCUCACUCUCCCGCACGCGUCAUUGAAGCACCAUGUUGAUCAAAGUAAAGACGCUCACCGGGAAGGAGAUCGAGCUCGAUAUCGACCCUGAUGACAAGAUCACGCGCAUAAAGGAGAAGGUCGAGGAGCAGUCUGGUGUACCCCCGCCUCAGCAACGACUCAUUUACGGUGGCAGGCAAAUGCCUGAUGACAAGACGGCCAAGGACUUCAACAUCACGGCGGGCACUGUUCUGCACUUGGUGCUCGCCCUUCGUGGAGGCCGUUAGAGCGCACUCAGACCGCACCCGAUGUUCCGAUGUCCGUCAUAAGGAGGAGAGAAGAUUCACAAUAACCCAAUGUAGCUAUCACCCAUCGUGCGUUGUUAGAUAUGUGCUAUAAUCGUGUUCUCGCUGCUAUCAAGAGUUUU